GUAGAUUACCUUCUCAUGAUUAACAGUUUUGUAUUCCAAAGCCAUCAUAUCAAAAUGUAUUUAUCGUUCCUUCCGUCCCUGGAAUCCUACUCUUGGAAGUAGUGACGUCGGCGCUUGUAAUCUUAUCGGGCGCCGCUAAAAAUAUAUGGUUUUGACAGGCCCUUCCCCAAAGCUCCAGCGCAAACCUAAGCACCUACGACCUUUCGCCCAUCAAUUCCUUCGUACGGGCUCAACCAACAUGAUGCAGCCUCUCCGCCAUCUCCAACGCGCCUCUGUGCGUCCUAGCAUCCAUGAAAUCGCCCGCUCGAUCCUCUCCCCCAGCUCCCGCUGUUACUCUACCCGCCGCCCCGCGACCUCCCUCCCUACCCCACGAGCAUUAUCGUCACCUUCGCGCUCUCUAUCCACCACACCAGUCUCAAUGCAUAAACCGCCAUCCCGCGACCGCGGACCAGUUAGCGAAGAGAGCACACAGACCGACUUCUCCAACCUCGACGUCCUCGGCGGCACACCCGUGCCCAGCACCGCAAUCGACGCGUGUCUCUGGGACGGGUUCCACCUUAAUAACGGAGUGAAGAUUACGAAUGGGGCUGGCGUACUUCUGGUGAAUGGGGAGGUGUUUUCAUGGAAGCCGUGGAAUGCUAAUAGGGCAGAGGGAGAGGAGAACAAGAGACUGGCAAAUGAUAAAGGACUGUGGGAGGUUGGGGACGAGAGUUGGGGAGUUCUGGGAAUGGUGUGGCCGAAACCUGACCUGUUGAUCCUAGGAUUGGGACCGAAUAUGAUGCCGCUGAGUCCGGCGACGAGGAAGGCGAUUAAUUCACUGGGAAUCCAGGUUGAGAUACAAGAUACGAGGAAUGCGGCUGCACAGUAUAACCUACUGGCCACCGAAAGAGGCCUGGGCAGUGUGGCAGCCGCUUUAGUGCCGCUAGGGUGGAGAGAUGGUGUUGGUGCUGUGUCCGGGAAGGCGACCGCUGCGAAGCGUUGAAUAGGAAGUCCGACCGUAAGAUACGUGAACAUCUCCGCUGUGGAAUAUAUGGGAUACCGUGUAAAAUUUAUUGAACCUCUAAUAUAUCACUUUUCAAGUCAUUGUAUUGUCAUGGGCCAAGGGAAAAGGCCCGAAAGAAAAUACUGCUCCUGCUUCAACCUCCAUAAAUAUGAGCUGCUUGAAAACCUUUACUAACGAAUGCAGAUGCCACGCCUAACCAUUUUCACACCUUUCGAGCCCACAAGAGAUCCCCAAAUUUUCUACCAGCUAUGGCAUCCCAUCUCGAACAACAACACCCCCCCUAUCUCCACCCAACGCCAAUCCUCUUCCCCCAAGCCGCAUCCUCUGUUCCACAUCCAUAUCUCCUCGCAUAUAGGGACCCCAUAUCAUUCGAACACUCUACCAGCCCACAGCACUCCCCAACCCUCUGCUGCCUGAUAUUAUUCCUACUCGGCAAGCACUGCCUCGGCAUCUCGAAUGGGACCUGAUGGGCGUACGGUGAGGUGUAAUAGAGAGGGUCGUUGAUGCGCUGGAGCUGUGUGUAGAGGUCGUAGCAGUUGCUGCCGGCCCAGAGAGAGGUGUGGCCGCAAAGGUAGUGCAGUAGGUGAUAGUUGCACAUUGUAAGCCGUGUUUGAGCUUUCAGUGUGCUAAAGCUGUAUUGGCGCCCUU